GCGCAGGCGGGAGGCGGCCCCGGAUGGGAGCCCUUCCGCCGGAGGAGGCGCCAGCUCCGGAGCCAUGGCGCUGGUCACCCUCCAGCGCUCGCCCACCCCCAGCGCCGCCUCCUCCUCCGCCAGCAACAGCGAGUUGGAUGCCGGGAGCGAUGAGGAGCGCAGACUGAACCUGAGCCUCAGCGAGAGCUUUUUCAUGGUGAAGGGAGCGGCCUUGUUUCUCCAGCAAGGAAACAGCCCGCAAGGCCCGCGCACCUCCACUCACCUCCACAAACAUGCAGGUGACUUGCCCCAGCACCUGCAGGUGAUGAUCAACCUCCUCCGCUGCGAGGACAGGAUCAAGUUGGCCGUGCGGCUCGAAAGCGCGUGGACGGACCGAGUGCGGUACAUGGUGGUGGUCGACAGCAGUGGCCGCCAAGACACGGAGGAGAACAUCCUCCUGGGAGUGGAUUUCUCCAGCAAAGAGAGCAACAGCUGUACCAUCGGGAUGGUCCUUCGCUUGUGGAGCGACACCAAGAUCCACCUGGAUGGGGACGGCGGAUUCAGCGUCAGCACCGCCGGGAAGAUGCAUAUCUUCAAGCCGGUCUCAGUCCAGGCAAUGUGGUCCGCCCUGCAGAUCCUGUACAAGGCAUGCGACGUGGCGAGGCAGUACAACUACUUCCCCGGCGGGAUGGCGCUGGUCUGGGCCACCUACUACGAGAGCUGCAUCGCCUCGGAGCAGAGCUGCCUCAACGAGUGGAACGCCAUGCAGGACCUGGAGUCCACCCGCCCCGACUCGCCGGCCUUAUACGUGGACAAGCCAACGGAGAGGGAGCUGGCGGAACGGCUCAUCAAGGCCAAACUCCGGAGUAUUAUGAUGAGCAAAGACCUGGAGAACAUCACUUCGAAAGAAAUCCGGAACGAGCUGGAGAAGCACAUGAGCUGCAAUUUGAAAGAGUUCAAAGAGUUCAUCGACAAUGAGAUGCUGCGCAUCCUGGGCCAGAUGGACAGACCCUCCUUGAUUUUCGAUCACCUGUAUCUGGGUUCGGAGUGGAACGCCUCCAACCUGGAGGAGCUCCGAGGCCUGGGCGUGGACUACAUCCUGAAUGUCACCCGGGAGAUCGACAAUUUCUUCCCCGGCAUGUUUACCUACCACAACAUCCGUGUCUACGAUGAAGAGACGACGGACCUCCUGGCCCACUGGAACCAGGCCUACCACUUCAUCAACAAAGCCAAGAGAAACCGCUCCAAGUGCCUGGUCCACUGCAAAAUGGGCGUGAGCCGCUCGGCCUCGACGGUCAUCGCGUAUGCCAUGAAGGAGUUUGGCUGGUCCGCGGAGGAGGCCUACAACUACGUGAAGCAGAAGCGCAACAUCACGAGGCCCAACGCCGGCUUCAUGAGGCAGCUCCAGGAAUACCAAGGCAUCCUGGAUGCCAGCAAACAGCGUCACAACAAGCUGUGGAAGCAGCAGCCGGAAGACCGCCUCCCCCAGAAUGUGGACAGUUCCAACGGGUCGGAGGAUUUUCCACUGGACCGUUUGGACACUGAGUCGGAGGACUUCCAGCACUGUUUCCGCUGCCUCUCGGACACUUUCCCCGGCGACGGGGAGGCCUUUUUCCCGGCGGACGGCCUGCAGAAGGAUGCGCUUCUGGACGAGUCCGACCUGUACACCGACGAGACCGACGACCUGCCCUUUUUGGGGUCCUCCUCCAAGUCGGAAGCGGAAAACCCAACGAGCAAGGUGACGGUGGAGGAGAAGAAAGGACAUCACGGGGCCGGAGGAUGGAAGGACACCUCAGGGGCGGAGGACGGGGAGAAGCCCCUGGAGCAGUGGAAGCGGCACUCGUCUGAUCCAGAGGAGGAAAGCAGGACCAACAACGAGAGCCCCGGCAGCAACCACAGCAAGCGGAGCUGCCCCGAGGACUUUGAGCACGACGCCGUCUUUGGGAUCCUCAGCAAAGUCAAGCCUUCCUACAAGCCGUGUGGCGACUGCAUCUACUCCUCGGCCGGCGACGUCUUUGCAGAGCCCUGCGCGAGGCUGCCGCCACCGCCUCCUCCGUGCCGCAGCCCCACCGCCGUCUGCACGCAGCCCUCCUUUCAACCCGUUUUGGAGGAAGAGCCGAAGGAGAUCCAGGGCACAAAACCAAACAGCUUGCCUUUGGUGUUGGCGGCGGGCGACACGCCGGGCUCCCGACAUGCUCAGGAAGGCGCUUUGCUCAGGAAAGACCUCCGGUCGAGCAAGGACCUCAAGCACUUGCUCUUCAGCAAAGACCCCGAGAAGCCCACGGCCACCAGCUACUUGAUGCAGCACCAAGAGUCCCUCCUUCAGCUCCAGAAGGCCGGCCUGGUCCGGAAGCACACCAAAGAGCUCGAGUGGCUCAAGAGCACCUCCGGCGCCGCGGCCGACAUGACCAUCCCGGAGGAACCCCAAGAGGUGGCCGCCCACCCCGACAAGGCGCCUCCCCUCUGCCCCUCGCUUUCUCGGGACGCUGGAAACGACGCCGAGAAGCUCCGCACAACCCCUCCGGCGGCCGGGCCCUCCUGCAAGACGGAGCACUCCAGCGGCUUCAGCAAAGACUUCCUCAAGACCAUCUGCUACACCCCUCCCUCCUCGUCGCGGAGCUCCAACCUGACGCGCAGCUCCAGCAGCGACAGCAUCCACAGCGUCCGGGGGAAGCCCGGCCUGGUCAAGCAGCGCACCCAGGAGAUCGAGACCCGGCUGCGCCUCGCCGGCCUGACCGUCUCCUCGCCGCUGAAGCGCUCCAACUCCCUGGCCAAGCUGGGCAGCCUCAACCUCUCCUCCGAGGACCUCGCCGGCGACGGGGAGCUCUCCGCCUUGGCAAGCGCGAGGAAGACCCAGUCCGGCGAGCCCCCCGCGGACUGCAAUUUCCGUCUGUCUCCGAAAAACACGGAAGAGGGCGCAAAGCUGAAGCCCACGCCGGGGAAAUUAAAGGACAUGUCCUGGCUUGGGAAGAGCUGACCCCACGGCAUAGGUGUUGUCAAAGAGGUGUUACUGGAUGCAAGAGGCAGACAUUUCUCCCCUUUUUCCCUAUGGGUCGCGGCAGACAAGGGAGUCCAAGGAGGCCAAGAAAGAAAGCGCUUCCGGGCAAGGAGAAGGACCUAAUGCAGGGGUUCUUAUUUACAACGCAAGCUGCGCAGCAUAGUUUGUUCUGAGAAGCCGUCGCUCAUAUUCCUCCCCUUUUUUCCAUGGGUCGCGGCAGACAACAGAGUUCAAGGAGGCCAAGAAAGAAGGCACUUGGGAGUCUUCCGGGGAAGGAGAAGGACCUAAUGUGGAGUUUUGCGGGGGUUUUAUUUACAACGCAAGCUGCGCAGCAUGGUUUGUUCCGAGAAUCCCUCGCUCACAUUCCUCCCCUUUCUUUCCAUGGGGUGCCGUAGACAACGGAGUCCAAGGAGGCCAAGAAAGAAGGCACUUGGGGGUCUUAUGGGGAAGGAAAGUGGCCGAAUGCGGAGUUUUUUUUUACAACGCAAGCUGCGCAGCUUGGUUCGUUCCGAGAAGCCCUCGCUCACAUUCCUCCCCUUUCCUUCCAUGUGGUGCUGCAAACAAUGGAGUCCAAGGAGGCCAAGAAAGAAGGCACUUGGGGGUCUUAUGGGGAAGGAGAGUAACCGAAUGCGGAGGUUUUUUUUUUUACAACGCAAGCUGCGCAGCUUGGUUCGUUCUGAGAAGCCCUCGCUCACAUUUCUCCCCUUUCUUUCCAUGGGGUGCUGCAGACAAUGGAGUCCAAGGAGGCCAAGAAAGAAGGCACUUGGGAGUCUUCCAGGGAAGGAGAAAGACCUAAUGCAGAUUUUUUUUUUUACAGUGCAAGCUGCGCAGCAUAGUUUGUUCUGAGAAGCCCUCGCUCAUAUUCCUCCCCUUUCUUUCCAUGGGAUGCUGCAAACAAUGGAGUCCAAGGAGGCCAAGAAAGAAGGUAUUUGGGAGUCCUUGGGGAAAGGAAAGCGGCCGAAUGCGGAGUUUUUCUUUUCAAUGCAAGCUGCGCACAAGGAUUCAUUCCGAGAAGCCCUCGCUUAGGGAGCCGAAGAGGGCACUUUCAAAACGCUAUCUCCUUUCCUUGGGAAUUUACAAAAAAAUAUUUUGAAAUACUUGCUUUACAGAAGUAGAAGGAGGUCUCCGUGACCAAGAGUUAGUUUGUGUAUAUCGGGCAGAACUUGGACUACAACUCAGCUGGGGAAUGGCAUUCCGCAAAGUAGAUUUUCUGCGUUUCCAUGUAUCGCCCCGUGUCUCAGGGGCUUAAAGGAGGCCUUCUUUGUCGGGGGCUUCUGCCAAUCCAGUUUGUACCUUUUCUGUCUGUUGGAUGAGAGGCAGUUGCUGUUACAAAAACAUGACAUUGCAAAUUGUUUACAUGCAUUUGAAACUGGGGGAAAUUGUCAAAAUUUUGAAAAAAGUUUUAGGAUGCGCUUUCUGACUCAAGCGCUGGAUUGCCGCCAUUUGAAACAGCUCGUUGUUUUGUUGCCAAGCUCCAAAGCUUGCUGGGAACGGAAGGCACAAUCCUUUUAGGUUGGGCACGUUUUGGGCUCUUUUUGUCCCCGUUGCGUAGAUGCCACAAGGUGGCAAGGAACGCCGAAGUAAGAGGGGUCUUCGUCUUGACGCUUUCUUCCCAAACGUUCCUCAAAAGCUUCUAUUUCACCCCGAUCGCCGGUCUGUCGCUGGACUUUCCUGCAGGGUCCGCUUUCAUGCCAAAGUCUCUGAGACAUGCUCAACCAGAAUGGGGCAGAGCUCGAAUACUUUUCCUUUCUUCGCUUCCAUUGAUACUUGGCCUCCAAAAACAUACACAGUAGAGUUCUGGUUAUCUGACUUCUGCUUAUCCAACACACCGUAUUAUCUGGUGCGUGGUUUUCAUGCUUCCCAGCAGGUGCCCAGUGCUUGGAGAGGCAAUGCGCAGCAGGCCUCUCCAAGCCAGGUGCCUGCUGGGAGGGUUAUCUGACUUCUGCUUAUCUGACAUAUUGUAUUAUUUAUUUUUUAUUUAUUACAAUAUUUAUAUCCCACCUUUCUUACCCAACAGGGGACUCAGGGCGGCUUACAAUAAAACACACAUAUAAAAACUGUACAAUACACUAUGAAUCAGUUUAAAAUUAUUAACUUACACUGGACAUUCAUAAAACACAUUAUAAAAUACAGAUGGGCAUGUUCAAGUUUAAAAGACUGGGUCUGUCAAUUGAGUUCCAGUGUACAUAAUAAUAAUUAGCACUGCUAAUUGUUAUUUGAAAGCCUGGCCCCACAACCAUGUUUUAACCUUCCUACAGAAGGAUAGGAGGGAGGGAGCCUGCCUGACUUCAAUGGGGAGGGCGUUCUGUAGGCGGGGAGCCACCACCGAGAAGGCCCCGCCCCUCCUCCCCGCCAGACGCACUUGUGAGGCAGGUGGGACCGAGAGCAGGGCCUCACCUGAUGAUUUUAAGCUUCGAGGUGGGUCGUAGCAGGAGACACGUUCGGACAGAUAAGCUGGGCCGGAACCGUUUAGAGCUUUAUAGGCUAGAGCCAGCACCUUGAAUUGUGCUCAGUCGCUAAUCGGCAGCCAGUGGAGCUGGCGUAACAGAGGAGUAGUGCGCUCCCUGAACGCCGCUCCGGUUAUCAACCUCGACUAGUUGGAGCUUCCGGGCCGUUUUCAGAGGCAGCCCCACGUAGAGCGCGUUGCAGUAGUCCAAACGAGCUGUAACCAGAGCGUGGACCCCCGUGGCCAAGUCAGACCUCCCAAGGAACGGGCGCAGCUGGCGCACAAGGCGGAGUUGUGCAAAGGCUCCCCUGGCCACCGCCGAGACCUGGGGCUCCAGGCUCAGCGAUGAGUCCAGGAGAAGAACCCCCAGACUGCGAACCUGUGUCUUCAGGGGGAGUGCGACCCCGUCCAACACAGGCUGUAACCCUAUUCCCUGUUCAGCCUUACGACUGACCAGGAGGACCUCUGUCUUGUCUGGAUUCAAUUUCAAUUUGUUGGCCCUCAUCCAGUCUGACACAGUGGCUAGACACCGGUUCAGGACCUGAACAGCCUCCUUAGUGACAGGUGGGAAGGAGUGACAGAGCUGGGCAUCAUCUGCGUACAGAUGACACCGAACCCCGAAACUCUGGAUGAUCUCUCCCAGCGGCUUCAUGUAGAUGUUAAACAACAUGGGGGACAGUACUGACCCCUGCAGGACCCCACAAGACAAUGGUUGUGGGGUCGAGCAGGUGUCCCCCAAUGACACCAUCUGGGAACGACCCUCCAGGAAGGACCGGAGCCACUGCAAAACAGUACCUCCGAGACCCAUCCCGGCAAGGCGCCCCAGAAGGAUACCGUGCUCGACGGUAUCGAAGGCCGCUGAGAGGUCCAGCAGAACCAGCAAGGACACACUCCCCCUGUCCAGUUCCCGGCGUAGAUCAUCGACUAAGGCGACCAAGGCUGUCUCGGUACCAUGCCCCGGCCUGAAACCAGACUGCGCCGGAUCCAGAAAAUCCAAUGUGCAUAUUAUCCAACACACGGUGUUUUGCUCCUCCCAGCAGGCCCUGAUACUUGGAGAGGCCUGCUGCGUGUUUCUGUUUUUCUAGGCAGCAAUGCACAGUUGGCCUCUCCUGCUUGCUGGGAAGGGUGAAACGCUGGCACAUCGGAUAAUACAGUAUGUCAAAUAAGCAGAAGUUGGAUAACCCUCCCAGGAGGGAUAAUAGGGCCUCCCUAUUGUCCCACACUUUCGGUUAUCCACCAUUCAUCCUGUUUGUUUAUGUCAGAUAACCAGAACACUACUGUAUUGAGUUAUUUUGCCAAUUUUUUUAGUGGGUGGGGGGGAGAAAAAAUCCAUUUUGCCCUCCUUGCCAAGAAACUCAGUGUUGAAUUCCAAAUCUGUCCAUUAAUGGGUUUUUUUCUGCCAGCCCCCAAUUACUGUGAGAGUGGGAAGGAGUCCUGAUAGCCCAGGGGAACAAGGGAUAGCCAUGCCCAUCUUGUAACUAGCCCAACUGUUUUUGUAGACCCAAAGUUGUGGUAGGCUCUGGAUUCUUGGAGAUAAUUCAGAGCAGCCAGCAACUUUUAUUAAUAUGGUUCAAGAUCAUUUAAAGGAGCCUUGGCUGCAUCAUACAGCUGCUAUAAUGUGGGGGGCGAUGCCUGGCUUGACAGCAGUGUGUGCGAAAAAGACCUUGGAGUCCUCGUGGGGAGGAAGGGGAACAUGAGCCAGGAAUGUGGUGCGGCGGCUAAGAAAGCCAACGGGAUUCUGUCCUGCAUCAAGAGGGGAAUAGCGUCUAGGUCCAGGGAAGUCUAUUCCUCCUUGGCCAGGCCACUUGACCUGGAAUCCCACUGUGCCCCAUUCUGGGCACUGCAAUUGAAGGGAGAGGGUGACUCUAAGCUGGAAAGCGUCCAGAGGAUGAGGGAGGCUCAAGUGAUCAAGGGUCUGGAGAACAAGAAUCCCCAUGAGGAGCGGCUUAAAGAGCAGGAACUCUCUCUCUGCCCCAGGGGAGUGUGGUGGAGAGAGGCUCCUUCUUGGGAGGCCUUGAAGCAGAGGCUGGGUGGCCAUCUCUCGGGGGUGCUUUCAACGAGAUUUCCUGCUUCUUGGCACAAUGGGGUUGGACCGGGUGGCCCAUGAGGUCUCUUCCAACUCUGCCGUUCUAGGAUUCUAUGGAGCUGAUUUGCUCCAUUCUUGUGUCUGGGGAGAACAAAUUGUGGAAGAUAUCGAACAUUUUUUGAUUGACUGCCCAGCAUAUGCUGAACUUCAACACAGUUAUUUACAUCCAUUAUUAUCUAAUUUUAGGUCUCCCAACAGAAAUGAUCUUCUGACAGUCCUCUUGCAAGGAUAAGAAAGAUCCAGCCUUUUUAUCCUGAAAGCUAUCAAGAAAAGAGCACAUUUCCUGAAAGAAGAAUAGGGAAAAUAAGAUUUUGACAGCAAACAGUAGGUCAGCUGCUGUCUUCCCAUCCUUUCUACCAUGUUUUUAUUUAUGUUGCACUUUGAAAUGGUCAUAUGACUGGUCAAACAAAUAAAUUAUCAUUAUUAUUGUUGUAUGACACAGCAAACAAGAUAGAUAUGCUGGAUUUCAUAUCACGAAAUCACAAGUCAAACACUUCCCAAGUGUCUAGGACUGUGUCAAGUAUUAUUAUUAUUAUUAUUAUUAUUAUUAUUAUUAUUAUUAUUAUUAUUAUUAUUAUGACACAGCAAACAAGAUAGAUAUGCUGGAUUUCAUAUCACGAAAUCACAAGUCAAACACUUCCCUAGUGUCUAGGACUGUGUGAUGUAUUAUUAUUAUUAUUAUUAUUAUUAUUAUUAUUAUUAUUA